AUGGUAGCUUUGAAAUCGCUUUUUCUGGCCGUGUCAUUGGCGUCUUUGGCGGCGGCUUCUUCGCAGCGCUUUUUCGAGACAGAAUCAGGUCAUAAUAUAGAUAUAAAACCUUUGCCCAGAGAUCCGACCUUGACUCCCAACGCCUCGCAAGUUUUGAGGACAGGACGCUCCGGUGCUAUCAGCUCCGACUCCGAAACCUGCAAUCGGCUUGCUGUAGAUCGCAUUUUGAAGAAAUUCGAACACAGUAACGCUGCAGACGCUGCCGUCACGGUAGCAUUGUGUCUGGGAAUGAAGAAUUUCUUCUCCAGCGGUGUGGGUGGUGGUGGAUUUGCCGUCUUUGUAGGCGGGAACAAAAACGUUGCGGAAACGGAUUCAAGUCCUCUGUUUUUCGACUUUCGCGAGCGAGCGCCAGGCUUGUCACACAAAGAGAUGUUUGACAACAAACCAAACGCGUCCCAGGUCGGUGGUCUUGCCGUGGGUGUUCCAGGCGAGCUGAAAGGUCUCUACGAGCUGUACGAAAAACGAGGCAGUGGCCAUGUGAAAUGGAAGGAUCUGCUCGAGCCUGUCGUGGAGCUUGGAAUAAAAGGCUGGCCCGUAAACGAACUGACGGAAGCGGUGCUAAAAAUGUACGAGCCUUACUUCCUGGAACACUCCGACGACUGGAGCUUUGUACUCAACUCGGACAAAAACGAAACACUGCAGUAUGGUGAUACCAUGAAAAGAACCGCAUUUGCACGGACUCUGCAAGAGCUCGCCAUGAAUGGUACUGCUGCUCCAUUUUACGAUCCCACCCACCGGAUCGGAAAAGCCAUUGUGAAAAAGGUUAAAGAAAGCGGGGGUAUAAUCACAGAAAGCGAUUUGGAAAACUACUACGUAAACAUGUCGAAGCCUCUUUCGACCAAGAUACGUGCAGGAUGGGCUAACGUUCCCAACAACGAUCUGGAGGUUUUCACAAGCAGUGGCUCGAGCUCUGGAGCCGCACUACUGUCAGCACUCAAAAUUCUGGACCACUUUCCAAGCGCCAAAGGAGGCGACUACACUCCUCAGCAGGCCUACAUCUUGGUCGAGUGCAUGAAAUAUAUGUCCAGCGCAAGAAGCCGCUUGGGCGAUUAUUCGUUGGAAAACAAAAUGCCAGAGCGGAUCCAGGAAGUCUUGGAAGCGAAUUGGACCGAAACGGCCGUCAAGAACAUCAACGCCAACCUCGAAACUCUCAAAACUUUGGCCAGCUGGAAGGACUACAAACCGCUAUACGAGUUGACGGACCCCCAUGGAACCACUCAUUUCAGCGUUGUGGACAAAUAUAACAACGCUGUGUCGCUGACUUCCACGGUCAAUCUACUGUUUGGAUCGCUUGUACAUGACCAGGAGACUGGUAUUCUAUUCAACAAUCAGAUGGAAGAUUUCUCGCAACCACAGAGGUCCAAUGCAUUCGGUCUGGCGCCUUCCGUGUACAACUUUGCCGAGCCAGGAAAGAGACCACUAUCGUCUGCGGCGCCAGUGGUGGUUCUGAAUGCACUGGGCCAAACCGAUUUGGUAAUAGGCGCCUCUGGAGGCUCUCGGAUCACGCCCAGCAUUUUUCAAACUUUGGUGCGUCUUUACUGGUACGACAUGCCACUUCUGGAGACGAUAGCGUAUCCAAGAGUCCACCAUCAACUGCUACCGGACCAACUCGAAGUCGAGAGUCUAAAACUGCUGGGCAAGGACACCGUUAAGUCGCUGCGCCAGAUGGGCCAUCACGUGAUCGAAGAGUCGCCCAAGAGUGUUGUGAAUGCCAUCAAGCGUGGUGUGGGAGAAUGGUACGCAGUGAGUGACUACUGGAGGAAAAGAGGAAUGUCAGUAGCGUACUGA